CAAUAAAUAAUAGUAUAAUUCAUUCAAUCAAUCAAUCAAUCAAUGCAUUCAUUCAUUCAUUGAUUCAAAUCAAUGAAUCAAUCAAUCAAUUGAUUCAUUCAUUCAUWCAAUUAGUUUUAAAAGCACUAAAUAGUGGCCAAACAAUACCCGUCGGCGGAUAAAACCCGAGGACAACAACAACAACAACAACCACGUGUUUGUGUGUGUGUGUCGGAUAUCUGUCCCGAUAUUUCCCASACCCGCGCGUGUCUGACCACACACACACUGUGWGGCCGUCGCCGUCACCCGUGAUGUCCACAUUGAACUCGUUGUUUAGUUUUACGUCGCCGGCCGUCAAAAAACUUCUCGGCUGGAAACAGGGCGACGAAGAAGAAAAAUGGGCCGAAAAAGCCGUCGACUCGUUGGUCAAGAAGUUGAAGAAAAAAAAAGGAGCCGUCGAGGAACUGGAACGAGCCCUAAGCCAACCGGGCCAACAGUCCAAAUGUGUGACAAUACCGCGAUCGUUGGACGGCCGCCUCCAAGUAUCCCAUCGGAAAGGUUUGCCGCACGUAAUCUACUGUCGGGUAUGGCGUUGGCCAGACCUACAAUCACAUCACGAGCUGAAACCAUUGGAACAUUGCGAGUUUCCGUUUUCGGCCAAACAAAAAGAGGUCUGUAUUAAUCCGUAUCAUUACAAGCGAGUGGAAUCGCCUGUAUUGCCGCCGGUACUGGUUCCCCGUCAUUCGGAAUAUCCGUCAUCGAUGAACAUACCCCAGGCGCCGACAUUUCAUCCGUCAUCCAUCGAGCCAAYGAUGCCGCACAAUGUUUCCUAUUCGAGCCAAGGUUUUACCAAUAGUAUCGGCGGUAGUGGUGUUGGUGGUGGUGGUGGUGGUGGUGGAGGAGGAGGACCUCAAUCGGGAUCCGCCGCUUCUAACGGUUCGCAAAACUCAUUGAAUCUGUCGGUUCCUUCGCCGGCCGGCUCUAGCAUUAGUUCAUCGACUGUCGGUCCGCAUUCGCCGCCGUAUAUUUUGCCCCUUGCCGAAACACCGCCGCCAGCCUAUUCGCCACGCGAUGACAAUAUGAACGGCAACAACCAUAACGAUAACUCGAUGGACACCAACGAUAUACCGCCGGAUGUCCAACAGAUUGCCUACCAGGAGCCCCAAUUCUGGUGCUCGAUAGCCUACUAUGAACUAAACUCCCGGGUAGGCGAAGUAUUUCAUGCCCAGACCAACUCGAUAGUUAUCGACGGUUUUACCGAUCCAUCAAACAAUAACAAUCGGUUUUGUUUGGGACUACUAUCGAAUGUUAACCGAAAUUCGACGAUUGAGAACACCCGCCGACAUAUUGGCAAAGGUGUGCACCUGUACUAUGUGGGCGGCGAAGUAUUUGCCGAAUGUCUAUCUGAUUCGGCCAUUUUUGUCCAGUCCCGUAACUGUAACCACUCGCACGGCUUUCAUCCGACAACCGUUUGUAAGAUACCGUCCGGUUGUACCCUUAAGAUAUUCAACAAUGCCGAAUUUGCUAGCCUACUAACCCAGGCAGUCAAUCAGGGUUUUGAAUCGGUCUACGAGCUGACCAAAAUGUGUACAAUACGUAUGUCGUUUGUGAAGGGCUGGGGCGCCGAAUAUCAUCGCCAGGACGUAACCUCUACUCCCUGUUGGAUAGAAAUACACUUACACGGGGCCCUCCAUUGGCUCGAUAAAGUCCUAACCCAAAUGGGUUCGCCCCAGAACCCCAUCUCAAGUGUGUCAUAAUACUACACAUAAUAAUAAUAAUAUGUAGUGUUUUAGGUGUAUAUUAUGUAUUAUCUCUCUCGGACUCCGGGAGGAGGAAGGGGUGUCUGAGUGUGUCAUCUCAUUUAGAUUAGAAGUGGCGUUUUACUGAGGAGGUUUAAAUUUUAUCUCUACUAUAUCCUCUUAAACCUCCCGUUCCCCCCCCCUGUAAUUUGAAUGUAUUUAAAUACAUUUAUAUCUAUACAUUCAAAUAUUAGCUACAAUUUUUGGUUGUUAUUGUUGUUGUUGGUAUCUUACAAGUGCUGCUGCUAUACCCCCCCCCUAUACACAACCUCCCUGUCCUCUAAGGAUCAAUCAAAAAUAGUAAUCAAUUGAAUUACCCCCUCAUUAGUUGCAAUAUUUAUUUUAUUUUUUGUUUAGUUAUCAUUUAUCGUAAUUUUUUUCCCCAUUGAUUUUUACCGACUCUUUGAUAACACUUACAUAAACUCAUUGCAAUCAUAUAUAUAUAUUAUAUUUU